UAUAUUUCUGGUAAGAAAGCGAUGGUUUAUUGUACCUGAACUGAAGUGGUAGUUAUCUACUCUCUACCAUUUCCCAUCUCUUAGUUCAUCAUCCAAGCAGAAUAUAUUGAGUUUCACAUGUUCUUCAGUUUCUCUUCUGGCAUGAUGAUGAAAGUUUCAGACUCGUCUUCACCUACCGGAGUUCUCGAAGAGUUCUUCAGAACAGAAGAAUUCGAAAGCUCCCAGAGUACAACUACCAGUAAGAACCCUUCCUCCUCUCGUUUCCGCAGGGUUGUUCAACUUCUAAGAAGCACGUCGAAAAAAUCUCUAGAGAAUCUGAAGGUCCAGUUUCAGUACAACAAUGCCGUUACAAGCUCUUUGAGAAGAUGCAGUAGCUUGAGAGACACUCUAAGAUUUGGCUCCUCCAGUGAUUCUCACGUUCUUGCACACUCUCCUCGAAGAAUCUUUUCUUUUUCUGAUCUCAAAACUGCCACCAACAAUUUCGCUCCAGAGAAUCUAAUUGGAAAAGGAGGUUAUGCUGAAGUUUACAAGGGGAAGUUUUCAAAUGGCCAAGUGGUAGCCAUAAAACGUCUGAUGCGUGGAAACAACGAAGAGAUCAUUGUAGAUUUUCUAUCAGAGAUGGGUAUAAUGGCACAUGUUAAUCAUCCAAACAUAGCCAAGCUUUUAGGCUAUGGUGUCGAAGGAGGAAUGCACCUUGUUCUUGAGUUGUCACCUCAUGGGAGUUUAGCUUCUAUGCUUUAUAGCUCAAAGGAGAAGAUGAAAUGGAGCAUCAGGUACAAAAUAGCUUUGGGAGUUGCAGAGGGUCUGUUGUAUCUUCACAGAGGAUGUCACAGGAGAAUCAUUCACAGAGAUAUCAAAGCUGCAAACAUUCUUCUCACCCAUGAUUUUUCGCCUCAGAUAUGCGACUUUGGGCUUGCGAAGUGGCUACCUGAACACUGGACAAACCAUAUAGUUUCCAAAUUUGAGGGCACAUUUGGAUAUCUUGCUCCUGAGUACUUAACACAUGGGAUAGUAGAUGAAAAGACCGAUGUAUUCUCCCUGGGUGUACUUUUACUAGAACUUGUUACUGGACGACGAGCUCUUGACUAUUCCAAGCAAAGUCUUGUUCUAUGGGCCAAACCAUUGAUGAAGAAGAACAAAAUUAGAGAGCUAAUUGAUCCAUCUUUAGCGGGCGAAUAUGAUUGGAUGCAGAUUAAACUUGUGCUUCUGGCUGCUUCGCUAUCAAUCCAAGAAUCAUCAAUAGAGAGGCCUGCGAUGAGUCAGGUCGUUGAGAUCCUCAAAGGCAACUUGAACGAUCUCAAGUGCAUCAUGAAAUGCAGAGUUCCCUUUUAUCGAAAAGCUUUUAGAGAUGAGAACGUGUCAAGAAAUAUUCAGAAAGUUAGAUCUUGAAGAAAGAAAUGGAUGAAAAAACAACAAAGGGGAAAAAAGAUAUUACAUCAUUUUUGAAUAAAAAUACGUGCAUCACUUGUCAACAAGAUAUUAAUGGAAAUGAUAUCGCGCAUAGUAAGUGAAUAUUCUUUGUAAAUUUUAUUUAUUUAUUGAAAGCAUACAAGUAUUUGUACGCAGCAAAGGCAUAGCUUUGAGUGAAUUUGUAUACUAUUUUUUUGUCAUCUAAAACGGGUGAAAUGCAAAUUUUACAUGUCUAAGCCGGCAAAGAACAUACUUUUUUCCAGCCAUAAGUCGAGCACAUAAACUUAAAAAAAAUAAAAAAAGGAACCAGAACAUUUAAACCUCCUGGGACAAACACAUAAUCAUCAGAGAAUCGAAGCACCUAGAUACCAGAUGUCAAAAUAAGCAAAGAAGGCGUUGAAAUUUAA